CUAGAUCCGCCAUUUCAGCCCCUGAGUUUCAUGUUGCAAAUGACUUCAGAGAUUUAUUUGAAAACGCCUUGAUAAAAACAUUAUAUAUUACUGGUUACAACAAUUCAUUCUUAAGUAAAUUUAUAUAAAUCUAACGGUUUAAAGCGGUAUCGAUGCCGUGUUUUUUUCCCGGAGCGUGUUCUACAGUGAACCAAAGUUGUAUGAGUUGAAUCCUAGUUGUGGUCAGGGAGAGGCAAGGGGAAGGCCUUGGAACCUUGGAGUGGAUUUGCAGCCAUGGCCGGGAAUUUUGAUGCGGAGGACCGUGAUAGCUGGUACUGGGGAAGGUUGAGUCGACAGGAGGCGGUUUCCCUCUUGGAGGGUCAGCGACAUGGCGUGUUCCUGGUCAGGGACUCUAUUACCAGUCCCGGGGACUACGUGCUAUCCGUCUCAGAGAACUCAAAAGUAUCACAUUAUAUAAUCAACAGCAUCAGCAACAACCGGCAAUCUGGAUCAGGUCUGCCCCCCCCGCGGUUCCGCAUCGGGGACCAGGAGUUUGACGCCCUGCCCAUCCUUCUGGAGUUCUACAAGAUCCACUACCUGGACACCACCACGCUGAUCGAGCCCAUCAGCAAGGCCAAGCACACUGGCUUCGUGAGCUGUGCCGCCACCGCCCCCCCCACUGCGUCGGGCAGCGCCCCGCAGGAGGCAGAGUUUGUUCGCGCCCUCUUUGACUUCCCCGGCAAUGACGAGGAGGACCUGCCCUUCCGCAAAGGUGACGUGCUGCGUGUGCUGGUGAAGCCAGAGGAGCAGUGGUGGAAUGCGGCUAACCAGGAGGGCCGCGCCGGCAUGAUCCCCGUGCCCUAUGUGGAGAAGUACCGGCCUGCCUCGCCCACCUCCUCGGUGACGGGGGGACCCGGCGGUGCGGGAGGACCGGCCAGUGUUGUGGGCAGCACUACGGACGGAGCAGUGCCCCAGCUGCCCCCGCCUCUGGGAGAGCCGGGCCAGUAUGCCCAGCCCAUGGUCAACACGCCCCUGCCCAACCUGCAGAACGGGCCUGUCUACGCUCACACCAUUCAGAAAAGGGUGCCCAACGCCUAUGACAAGACAGCCCUCGCCUUGGAGGUCGGAGACAUGGUGAAAGUGACCAAGAUCAACGUGAACGGCCAGUGGGAGGGCGAGUGCAAGGGCAAGCGUGGCCACUUUCCCUUUACGCAUGUCCGGCUGCUGGACCACCAACACUCCGAGGACGAGAGCUGAGACACACACACACACACACUUCCAGACACACUCCUCACUAUACAAAAGUCCAAUCCAUUCCUCCUCUGUGAUUUUCACCUAUGAUAGAAAGAACACAUGAUAUACGGACUGCAGUGGUCAGGAGUUGCAACUCACCCGCUGUUGUUGCCAAUGUGUGUGAGAGAGAAUUUAUUUAGAUGAAGUUCUCACUCACACACACGAACACGGAAUAGAGUUUACACUUCCACCCCACUUCCUGAUACACUACACACACACACACAGCAGAGUUUACGCCCCCUCUCCCAUGUUUUUCAAGAAAUCCUCCUUUACACCCGCAAUUGCCCGCACACACACACACGUGCCCGCACACAGACCAGACACGUGUGUAUAUGUGGCUUCUCAGACUCAUGGACCACCCUUUUGUAGUAGAGGACCGUGAACCUGGGAGCUAGAAGAGAAGUGGCGAUACUGACUCAUGAUUAUGACUCCCUCUUGUGGAGAAAGACGCUCACUGCGACUGAAACGACCAUUGCUGCACUCCACAGAUAGGCGUUACCACAGGACACCCACCACAGGGACCCUUACCCAGCCCCUCUCUGCUACAAACCCCACACUACAAACCCCCAAGUCCUCUUUUUGUAGUGAAACUAUGACACCAUUACAUGCUAAAUAUUAUGUUAAAUGUUUUUUUGUAAUUUUUUGCCCUGUGCAUGAUCAGACCCUCGCCGCCCUGUGUGAUCACUGAUAUGUGUCUUUCCGAAAUGCUAUGAUGACUGUGUCUUGUCUGGGGAGUAAGUGGAGACAUUCCUUAGGACUGUAAAGUAUGGGGCCUUUGUCCAGUCCACCUCAUUGUUGUGAGAUAUACAAUGGCCAGACAAAGACAGAACAAUAUAAAUAUACCAAGUGAAUAUA